UGUCCCCUCAGUGUCCCCGUGCUGUCCCAGGAGCUGACGGGGACGCUGCCCCGGGAGUACCCCCUGAAGGCGGGUGAGAAGCCCCCCAAAGUCCGGCGCAGGAUCGGGGCCGCCUUCAAGCUGGAUGAGAUCGUUGUCCUGCGUGGGGUGGACCCCCUGGAGCGGGAGCGGGCGCUGCAGCUGAGGAUCGCCGAGGCCUCUCGCCGCCUGUGCCACGAGCAGAACAUCGGACGGCGCCUGCGGAAGCGGCGACAAACGGCGGCGCUGCGGGAGGAGCAGAAGCUGCGGGACCUGGAGCAGGUCCUGAGCCAGCGGCGCCUCCUGGCCGGGCACAGGGACACGGGCACUGCCCAGGGCCCCUGUCCUGGCCCCGCAGAGCUCAGUGGCUCUGAGGAGAGCUCCCUGUCUGACACGGGCCUGCUGGAGGAGGAGGACUCAGGGCCACCAGGACCCCCCACCCCACAGAGGUCUCCGUCUCCUGAGGUCCCCACUGAGGAGGAGGGGUCGGGGUUGGGACCACCCCCGUCCUCCCCCAGCCUCUGGCGGGAGACCAGCCCGGACAGACCCUACGAGAGGGGCAGAAAUCCUGGAAUCAACCCUGGGGAUGGGGAAACCUGGAGCUCCCACUGCUACCUGGGGUGCCCCCCAGCCACCCCUCACAGCCCCGACCCUGCAGCCCCCUCGGGGGCCAGGCCAGGGGACCCCCCGUACCGGUUCGUGCCCGUGAGGACCCUGGUGCUGGUCCGGCAGGGGGGAUCCAGCGCUCCCGGCACCCCCGAGACACCGGCACGGAGGGGACAGGGCCAGGCCAUGAGGUUGGACCCCCUCUGGCCGCCCCUGGAGCCGCGGGGCCGCCCCCCCGGGCCCCGCCGCCGCCCCCCGUCCCACGCGGGGCCGGUGCCGCCGCCCCCCACGGGCCGCUCGCCGCGCUCGGGGUCUGACGAGAGCAUCUCCAGCGUGUCCAGCGCGUCCCGCGCCCCCUCCCCGGGCAGCUCCGGCCCCGACGCGCCCCGAGCCCGACCCCUUCCCCUCCUCCUGCCCCUUCCCCUGCCUCUUCCCCUGCCCGAGCCGCCCCCGCGGGGCCCCCCCCGCGGCCCCCCGACCCUGGUGCUGUACGAGCAGGAUCUGGCCCCGCUGCGCUACCAGCGCCUCGUGCCCUCGCACAGCCGCAUCGUGCGGACCCCCUCGCUCAAGGAGCACCCCGUGGGCAGGGGGCUCUCCCGCGCCGCCGUCACCGAGGAGCUCAAGUCGUGGCACCAGCGCGCGCGGCUGCGUGGGGCGCGGCCCCGCUCCCUCGACAGGCAGGGCGCCCUCGGGAGACCCCCCCGCGUGGGAACCGCCCCCGACCUGCCCCUCGCCAGGGCCGUGCUGUCCCGGGGACAGGCCCCCCCGGUGCCGAUGCUGCGGCGCUCGGUGCCCGCCGUGCCCACACAGCUCUUCGUGCCUGAGAACGGCGAGAUUGUCACACAGGUGUGAGAGCAGCCCCGGC